GAGACUAAAACGAGGCUGGAGAUGGCAGAGGCUUUUACAAGAUGGCGGAGGCCCGUACGUGUAGCUCAGGUGGAGGUCGACAACAACAUGGUUGUGUGUCCUCCACCGCUGGUCCUGUUAGGGUGGGCCAUUAUCAAAUGGAAAGGACUAUUGGGAAAGGAAAUUUUGCCGUCGUCAAACUGGCUACGCACAUCGUUACAAAGACUAAGGUAGCAAUAAAAAUUAUUGACAAAACCCAACUGGAUCGCGAAAAUCUCAAUAAGAUAUUACGGGAAAUACAAAUAAUGAAAUUGUUGCGACAUCCCCAUAUCAUCCGACUUUACCAGGUAUUGGAAACUGAAAGGCGAAUUUACUUGGUAACAGAAUAUGCAAGUGGCGGUGAAAUAUUUGAUCACCUGGUGGCUCAUGGUCGAAUGAACGAGAAAGAAGCACGUAAGAAGUUUAAACAAAUAGUAGCCGCAGUGUCCUACUGUCAUAAACAUCAUGUGGUACAUCGGGAUUUAAAAGCUGAAAAUCUACUUUUGGAUGCUAACCUAAAUAUCAAAAUCGCUGAUUUUGGUUUCAGCAAUUACUUCAAGCCAGGAUGUUUUUUGAAGACAUGGUGUGGAAGUCCACCAUAUGCUGCUCCUGAGCUUUUUGAAGGGCGAGAAUACGAUGCACCCAAAGUAGAUAUCUGGAGUUUAGGCGUAGUUUUAUAUGUCCUUGUGUGUGGAGCUCUUCCCUUCGAUGGGAGUACAUUGCAGAGUUUACGGGCCCGAGUACUCAACGGCAAAUUUAACAUUCCAUUUUUUAUGUCAACUGAAUGUGAGAACUUGAUCGGCCACAUGUUAGUAGUUGAUCCGGUCAAACGGAUAUCGAUAGAACAAGUGAUCAAUCACAAAUGGAUGAAGAUCGGCGGCCCCGACAAAGUGUUUGAGCAGCUUAUCUCAAAUUGUAAUGGUUCGUCCGAACUGAUCCAGGAGACCAAUCAUCUGAAUGAGCAGGUACUCAACUACAUGGAGAGCUUCAAACUGGACCGAGAACGAACUGUUGAGGCUGUGAAAACUGAAGCAUAUGACCACCAUAGUGCCAUCUACCAUCUUCUACUAGACAAAUGUAAACGACACCCAAAGACUUUAACCAAUAAAUUGUCUAAUCCAGACACUCUUGGUUCCAGUUUACCUGUUGCUACUCGAACUGAGCGACGUUCAAGUAUCACAACUGGCGUUGUUGAACGUGUAGAAGUACCUGUAGAGGUUCUAGACAAACCUACACCACAACACUUGGCACCAUCAACUCUGGCAGCUCUUCCGCAGUUAACUUACUUUACUGACCCAGCACAAAUUCCUGAUUCGGAUGCAACUUCUCAACAGUCUGACUCUGACAGUGAAGAGCCUUCUCCAGAAGCAUUGGCCCGCUACCUGGCCAUGCGUCGACAUACGGUCGGUGUGGGAGAUGCACGGCAUGAAGUUUUGGAAGAUGUCCGAGUGAAACUAGCAAAUCACCAACCAAUCAUAGCAACACCUCCUCAACAGAAUUAUUUGAUGCCAUUCGGAGCACCGCUACCAAAUACCAACCUUCCACAGAAUGUUCCACAGUUGCUACAUAACGAACUGCCAGCAUCUCCAACAACUUUACAACAUGAUCAAAACCUACUCUUGCCUCCCCCAAUUCUUGGCCCAGGUUCUUCCAACUUCUGUCGACGUGCAUCUGAUGGUGGUGCUAAUAUUCACUGCUUCCAGCGAUAUUUUCAACAGCAAUCACAGUUCAACAGUAAAGAUGGUCUUUGCACAACUCCCUCAUCUACAUCUCCGGCUGUUCUUUCACUUCCUGUACCAUUGCUGUCUCAUCCUGUUGUUGACAGCAACGGGGGAGCUGACGAAGGUAAUUCUGAUCAAGAACCUGAUAACGAAGCUGUCCUCAACUACAUGAAUAGUCGUGGGAUGUGUAAACGCCAUACUGUUGCCAUGGCGAGUCCUGUGCAAGAAAUUCGUGAUGACCUCCAGAAGAAACUGACCUUGCCUUCUGCAAGGACAAUUCGACGAAGUAGCCUACAUCGGGCUGAAACCACUACAGGAUGUGAUCCUGUCCCUCACUUCCCCACUGAACGAUACUCUCCUUUGCGCCGUGCCAGUGAUGUUCUUGUCAGUCCAAACAAAUACCAAUCCCACUUGGAGAAACUGUACAAUGCUGCUGUAACUCUGAGUAGUUCACCAAUUCAAGCACAAAACAGUCUGAAACAAAUACAGCAAGAAUGUCAAGAUUUACAGAAACAAGUCAAUAGCUAUGAGUGUGAGCGACAAGCUGAGUUACAGCAGCAACAACACACACUACAUCUCCGACAGCAGCAAUCAAUUCAACAACAACAGAUGCCUAGUCUUUCCCAUUCUCCAGUGCCUUCCCCACCGCUUCCUUCCCAAACCACUGGUUCAGAUAAUUUACCAGCAAACCUGAACAACCGUUUCCAAAGACUACACUUACAACAACACUGUGUGCCAACAGGGACAAGUGGUGUUAUAUCAUUUAAUUCAGGGACACAGUCCAACUACAACAUGUUAAUGAGGUCAUUGACUAGUUCAGAAACAUUACCUACACAGUCAUACUCCCCUCAUUUAGUUCAGAACCUCCAGCGGAUACUUGAAGACACAACAGACACUCAGACAGCAGCUGAAGACAUGCAAAUUCAGGAAUCGCAGAUACUAUCCCAUCAAGACUUACACCAGAGACUAUUUUCUCAGACACCUCAAAUCAGCAUCACAGACACCUAUGGAAACACAGAUGUAAUGUCUUCAGACAAUGACCUCGACAUCCCCAAAGAAAGCAGUAGAGUAUCCCCCAACUAUACUUCAUUCUCAACGAGCACCAACACCACUUCUGUUUAUUCAGUGACGUCUGCUGUGAGCUGUAAACCCACUUAUGUCGCACCAAAAUACAUCAAUACUAACCUUACCAAAAUUCAACAUGAUUUGGACAAUGAACAGAUUCCAUUCAAGUCUUCAUUGCAUUCACAAAACUGGGAGAAAUGUUACCAUGACACCAACAUGUUCAACUGGUGUUCAAAUCAAAUCAACUCCUCAAACUCUGUCUACAGGUUAAAUCAAACACGCUACUGGCGGAACCACGCAAUAACUAGUCCCAUCGAGGCCUACAAUAAGUGUUCGUAUUCAUUGAAAAACGAGCCUUUAUUCCCAAGCCUUGAUCAAGAAUUCUCAACUCAAAACUGUUUAAACAAUGUGAGUUCUGUUGCGAAUCACACGUUUAUGAGUAACAUGUCGCCUUCCAAUGAAAAUUGCUUCAAAAUUAGUGAUAAAUCUUAUGAAACUGUACCUCUCAUUGUUGGUGAUGGUAAACUUUUCUCUGGUGGUGACCAGCACCACCACCACCACCACCACCAGCAGCACAGUCCUGUAUCUACAAUAUCUUUAAAUACAAAGAAAAAUACUCAAGAGAUUCUGUCUGAAAUCAAACGUACACUAGAUAAUCAAACUUCAGAAAUCAGUUACCAGUGUUCUCAGAAUCUAUUUCAGUUAGAGAACAGUGGUGUUCAAAUAGAGCUAGAAGUCUAUGAGAAUGGUGGGGUGAAUGGACUACAAGUGCGUAGAAUAUCUGGGGACUCAACACAUUACGAAAAAAUUUGUUCUGAGCUUCUGAGCUGUAUGAAUCUGUAGAUUAUAUGUUUCUCACAAAAUCUCUCUCUCACUCUCUCUUUCUCACUCUCUCUUUCUCUCUCUCUCUUUCUCUCUCUCUCUUUCUCUCUCUCUCUCUCUCUAUCUCUCUCUCUUUCUCUCUCUCUCUCUCUCGUACGCGCACACACACACACACACACAAAGUCAACUACUUCCUUACUGACUAUAUAUGCAAACACACACACACACAGUAUAUUUUAGUUAACGUUUAAAACAAUGCCAUUUCAACCUAAUAUUAUAUUUUCAAAACUAUUUUAAUUCUUUUUCUCAACUAAAACAGAAUUUUCUUUUAGAUAUUUUCUUUAAAGAAUGAAGAAAAAAGCACACAUGCACAGGUACAUACCCACAUAUACCUACACAUACAGGUAUAUGCCACCUUGCAUGCACAUAUCUACUGGCACAGGUAACUCAACACACAUACACUCUCUCAUAAUUUAGUGUGGCAGUGUGUUUGGGUUAAUACACAAAGGUUUUAGUUUGGAUCAAAAUAUACUACCCAAUCCCACUCCCUACUAUCAUUUACAGAACUGGUAACUGACCAAUUUCAACCAUUUCUGUUACAUUUCAGCCAACGACCAGUAGAAUUUUAAGGAUAUCUAGGCUUAAAUCUGAGCUUCUUAAAUAGUAGUUGUGUAAUACAAGUCUAUUGCAGGAUAGGUAUGUGUUUUUACAUCUAAACACACACACACACACAUGCAUAUAUUGUGUGUGUGUUUGUAUGUCUGCAUGCAUGUGUACUGGGCAUCCAACCACAGAAAAUUUACAAAUUCUAUCUGAUCCAUGCAAAUAUGGCAAAAUAGAAGUCAAAUGAUAUAAGGAUGAGUGUCUGUAUGUAUUAGUGCUUUUUUUUCUUAUAUCCAAUUAUAUAUAAAAGCAAAAACAAUUUAUAUUAAACUGAAGGAUUAUUCAACACUUUUUAGUUGUAGACAUAUUCAUUACCUUUUGCAGGGAAAAGGUUGACAGUAACUUCAAAGUUUCCACUUGCUUGCCUUCAUCAGACAGUCUAAUGAAAGCAAGUCAAAACUUUAGAGUCAUUGUCAAUCUUUCCUUUAUAGAAAUUCACAUGCACACAUAUACACAUACAUACUUCAUAUAUAUGUACAUACAUGUGAACAUAACAUAUGUGUGGUGGUGGGAAGACACAUUCACACACCAUCUUUAGUGCUGUAGAGAACUUUUCUCAAAUGUUGAAUCAAAUACUUUUCUGUUAAAAUGUUUCUUGCUCCUUUGGUCACUGUAGAAUCCUUGGUUCUUGACCACUUUACAGCUAAACACAAGGUCUCAUUCAUAGCAUCUAUUUUGGGUAUUUCUAACUGUGUUAGAGAUGAACACUUGUAAUUAAACAACUUCAGCUCUGUGUGAGCAGUGACGAUAGCAGUAGUAGUAAUUAAGUUUUAUGUGGUUCAAAGAUAAUUUUUUUACUGGAAUAUGUUUUAUUUGCAUUGCUAGGUUGAAGUAUGAAUUUAUUGUCUGUCAUGAAUAAGAAGAGAACAUAAAUACAGAUUACAACACUGAUUUUCCAACAACAGAUGAUCUGGUAUCUCUUUUAAUUCCGUCAAAUAUUAAAUAAGGUCACUAAAAUUUUUCUAUGAUCAUUAUUAAUAACUUUUUUGCCACUAAGCUUUCACAACAUACAUUUGUUUAUUCACUAGAUAUAUGUGAUGAAGGUGGAAACACUCUCUUUAUGUCUAACUCAAAUUAUAUAAAGAUACAAAUAUUUAUAAAUAAAUCUAACAUCCUAGGGAGCCUCUCUCUUUCUUUCUCAAGAACAAGUUAACUUACCUUUAUUGUGGAAAACAGUAUCCCAGCAUGUAAGAGGAAAUGGUAAAUGUAUGCACUUCACAGUUACAAGAGAGGAUUCAUCGGGUGCCCUGUAGUUGCAAGGUUAAUGCUUGGCAUUGGAUUUUUGUUUUAAAUAUUUGCACCUUCAUAUUAUCCAACUUCAUUACAAGUUUCUAGUGAAUAACCAAAGAUAUGUCGCAAAGGUUUAACAGUUAAGAAGUUUACAAUAAAUAAUGUUGCGGCAUUUAUUCAGAAUUACUAUCACGUGACUUCUUUUAAUUCUUCAAAAUGGAUAAUCUAGCAUGGGUCUGGAAUCAAGGGUGCUGGAAAAUUAGUAGGGGACUGUUUUACAGUCAUUAACUAUUUACUCAUAUUAAUUAGUUUUUAUUUUAAAUCUUAUCACUUUUUUAUUCUUUUACAAAGAAACUUGAAGGACCCUGUGUAAAUGUUUAAAUAAUUACACGUGUAUGUAUAUAAGUGGUUUGUAUGUAUGAGCAUACAGCUGUUUGUUAAGAUGGUAAUCAAUCAAUC